UAGCUGGCUCCUUCCAAGUUCACUAUGGCCAACAGGGGCAUCUUACAACUUGCCAUUCUUCUGCUCCUCUCUGCUGGUGUCUCUUCUAAAGACUAUGUCUGGCUUCGCUCCCAUCAAAGAAGAACCAAUCAGAGGAGUCUGACACUCCUGACAGAAAUGAUUGGAAAAAUUCCUCUGGAAUGUGACAAAGACAGAAUGGACUUCCAGAUCCCUUGGGAGAUUAUACAGCCUAAGCAAUGCCAAAAGGAGAAUGCCACUGUGGUCAUCCAUGAGAUGCUCCAGCAAAUCUUCCUCAUAUUCAACAGCAAAAAUGCCAUGCCUGGUGUGAAUAAGACCAUCAUUAAGACAUUCCUCAAUGGAAUCUAUCAGCAAAUGGUGCGUCUGGAAAUGGCUUUCGAAGAAGAGAUGGAGCAGACCUUGGGGAGCAGGGAGAGCAUCUUACAGCUAAAGAAGUAUUACCAAGAAAUAAGGAACUAUUUGAAAAACAAAGAGUACAGCCCCUGUGCCUGGAAGGUAGUCCACGUGGAAACCAGGAAGAAUUUUAUCUUCCUUUCCAAAUUAACAAAAUUCCUUAAAAACUGA